AUGUUUUUUUCAAGAUAAAGAUUAUGUUGGGAUAGUUCUAUUUAUAUAAUUUUUGAGGCUAAAAGUCAACUAAUUCUUCUACUUUGGCAAUAAAUUUUUAUAAAUUACGUCAAUAUGUCAUCAAUAAAAAGUCUUUUACUUUUUUCUUCCUUGCUCUUCCUAGUCUUAGGAUAGACCUGUUUAGAUCAUAGCGGCAACGCUAUAGAUUGGUGGUUUAUUUUGAAGAUGCCAACUGAUCCUACAUUUAGUGCUAGAGGAAUGGACUAUUUGUAUUGUGAUGCCAAGAAUAAUUGUGGAACAUUUGAUUGGUAAACUGAUCAAUUAGAUUAUCUAACAUCACCUUUACAAAGAACAAUGGCUUAAAUUGAUUUUCAUAAUGAUAAUGUCAUGAGUGUCUUGUGGAGUGAUUAACCUUGGAACAAGAACACAAUCUCAGACAGAGCUCAUUCAAAGGGUAUUUUGAGCGCAGGCAUAAAUGGUAGCGCAUUUCUAAUCUCUCAUUCAACACCCACUUUCCCAAUGCUUGAUGAUGCUUACGAUUAAAUUGUAUUAGGCAUGCCAUCCUCUGCUUAAGUUAAUGGUCAACAUUAUAUGUGCUUAUCUAUUACUACUACAGAGGCAAACAGAUUGGCAACAGAAUAUAUUAUUGCUGAAACAUUAACUAAUCGAGCUAACAGUCCUGCUGCAUUUGCAACUGCUUUCCCUUAAUUAUACUAAUUAAAAUCAAAUUCAAGAACAAAGACAUACAAGACAGAAUCUGGAACUGUGUUAUCAUCUGCACUACAAGACUCAAUCAAAAUUUCUACCAAAGGAGGAUUUACGUUAACGGCUUAUACAAAGAAUGAAGACCUUGUUGAAGAUUUCUAUGCUGACGUUGUAGCGGCAGCAUUAGGCAAGGACUUGAUAAUGGAAACUUGGGGUAAUGGAACUGGAGGUCUUUAAAGUGCUGUAUGUGAUUAGACACCUAAAUCAUAUUCCAAUUUAGUCAGAUAACAUGGGGCAUUUACAUUCUCGUACACUAAGGAUCAUUCGAAGUAUGGGAUAACUGCAACUUCAACUAACGUAUGCUUUUGUGACUUAAACAGAUAAACCACCUAAUAAAAAAGAGGAGGUGUUGUUUAUUGCUUUUAACAUAAGAGCUUAUGGACUUUCAUCAAUUAAUCAUUCAUAAGUAGGCAAACUUGCUGA